AUGCAGUAUUGCGGCCUAAUAUGCUCGAAGGCUUCGACUUCAACUGCUCGAUCGCUAACCCGAUAUUCGCAUGCAGCCCGGCAACGACUUUCCGGUGCCUUGGCUGCGUCUACGGCCGCAAACCUCCGAUUCAACGGCAGAGGUCUGCCAUCCCAACUGUCGGCAAUCGCCAUUCUAGUCCCUCAGCAGCGCGGAUAUGCCACUGAUCCAUCGACCUCUUCCUCCUCUUCCUCAAAUUCGUUCCCCCCUCCGGGCUUCAACGCAGAACAGGCCAAGAAGCCCCUCCCCCCGGACACCGUGCAGCCCUCCAAGGAUGUCCAGAAGGUCACACCCAAUUCUGGGCAGUCCAUUUCGUCUCAAAUUGCUGCGCAGAACAAUGGAAAGUCGGCAGAGCUGACGACGGCAAAGUCCGCGGAUCUUGAUGGCAAGAAGGAGGAAAAGAAGGAGACGAAGAAACUGACAAUCGGACAAAAGAUCAAGAAGGAAGCUCAGCACUACUGGGAUGGUACCAAGCUUCUUGCUACGGAAGUCAGAAUCAGUUCCAGGCUGGCAUUGAAGAUGGCUGCAGGCUAUGAACUCAGUCGCAGAGAGCACCGUCAGCUCCAAAGAACCGUCAAGGAUUUGGGUCGCCUUGUUCCUUUCUCCAUGUUCGUUAUCAUCCCCUUCGCGGAACUGCUGCUUCCCAUUGCCCUGAAGCUGUUCCCGAACAUGCUGCCUAGCACCUACGAGGGCCAGAAGGCGCGCGAGAAGAAGGCGCUGAGUCUGAGCUCGACGCGUAAGGAGGUUUCGGGUUUCCUGAAGAACACACUGAGGGAGUCUGGUCUCCCGGUCACUGCUGCGACCGUGAAGAACGAAGAGUUUGCCGAAUUCUUCAAGAAGAUCCGCACCACGGGAGAAUCGCCCACUCCUGACGACGUGAUCAAGGUGUGCAAGAUCUUCAAGGAUGACCUGACGCUCGACAACCUGUCCCGGCCCCAGCUGGUGGGUAUCUGCAAGUACAUGAACCUCAACUCUUUCGGAACGGACGCCAUGCUUCGGUACAACAUCCGCCACCGCAUGCGCCAGAUUAAGCGCGACGACCGCGCCAUUUUCCACGAGGGUGUGGAGUCUCUGUCUGUUCCUGAACUGCAGAUGGCAUGUGCCUCCCGUGGUAUCCGCACGCACGGUGUGUCUCCUGCUCGCCUGCGCGAGGACAUGUCGAUGUGGCUGGACCUGCGUCUCAAGCAGGGCGUCCCCUCGACCCUUCUUGUGCUGAGCAACGCAUACGUCUACGCCCAGGGUGGCAAGGAAGCCGAGAUGUCGUCCCAGAUCGAGGCUCUCCAGUCCGUCUUGUCUAGCAUUCCUGAGGAGCUCUUCCACGAGAUCGAGCUCGAGGUUCACAACGCCGAAGGUGCCGCCACCAACAAGCAGCGUCUGGAGGUCAUCAAGGAGCAGCAAGAGCUGAUCGAGGAGGAGAACGAGCAGAACAGCGAGAACGAGGAGAAGGGCGUCUCUGCCCCCAAGGACAUCGAGGAUAUCGAUGACAAGGAUGACGUCAAGUACGAAGCCAAGUACAAGACGCAAGCGGGUGAGGCCAACGAAGCCGUCCAGGAGGGCGAGAAAGCUGAGGAGGCACAACAGUCUACCCAGGCUAAGGAAGAGAAGAAAUAA